UUUUAACAGGGAUUUUGAUGGCUCAGCUACACCUCUGCCGGGAUAUGAAUGUUAGAUGCUACGCUGCGGCAAAAGGUGUAGAAACGCCGGCGUUUCCAGAAGCGUUUUCAUCCUAUCACUCACGCCAAGCGCGGCUAAGGCUAUGAGCCGGGCUAGCACAUUGAAAGUUAAUUCUAAAUUAGGCUUCGAUAUCUUGGUUAUAUGGGAGCACACGCGGCGGGGUCGUAAAGUUGUAGAACUCGCUGUCCUGUUCUGGGUUAUCACAACUAAGUUCCAAGCCGCAGGCGGAAUUCUGAACCGGAGAUGUCAGA